AUGGAUGAUAUAUGGAUGCAAAAUGGUUCAAAUCCGAAUAAAAUAUUAAUGAUGCCAUCAUCACAGUCACAAUUAUCAUCAUCUCAAUCAGAUUUACAUUGGAAUAUGUAUUCUGUAUUAAAUCCUGGACAAAUUUCUGGUAAUUUUGGACGUCUUUCGGGAAUUACUAGUGUUGGUGGUUCAUCAUCAUAUUCACAGCAAACAAUUGCUUCCACAUCUGCAUUAUCAUCAUCAUCAUCAUUAUUAUCAUCAACAUCACUAUUAUCAUCAUCAUCAUCUCAUCAUCAUCAUCAUCAACAGCAACAACAACCACAACAACAGCAGCAACAACAGCAACAACAUUCUAAUAUUCAUUCAUCAAUGAUCACAAAACGUUCCAAUUCGGCGACAUCAUCCAUUAAUGAUACUAUCAAUACAGCAUCUUCUACUAGUGCUACUACAACAAUUGCUACUGCUCUAAAGAAUAUGGUAAAAAUGGAAAAUAAAACGAUCGAUACAACAGUUCUUGCAAAUUCCGUAUGUAUUAUUUAUUUAUUUAUAAUUUACUCUUUUUUUUAA